UGCUAUAUAUACACAAGCAUAUGAUCUCUGACUAGCUAGCACUGUCUCUCUCCUUGCGUAAGGGCAUUUAGUUAGUUCCUUGAAUUUGAAGACUAGCUGUGAUUAGUUUCACCCCACCCCUCUCCAUUUCUACAUAAGCUAGCUACACACAUCCAUCAGCUGCCGAGCUAACUGUAUGCUAGUCAUGGCGGAGUGCAAAGGUAGAGACAGGUCUCCUUCCUCGUCCAUGGACAGUAGCACUCACCCGGCGCUCUCCACAGCGUCGGCGGCUUGCUGGCCGACGAGGCCAGACCUCAGCACCGACCUCCGGCUAGGGCUUAGCCUAUCGACGUCGUUAUCCUCCUCCUCCUCUCUCCAAGCGGCUGAGAGCAUCCCUUCCAUGCCAAGCAGGAACCAAGUACUCUUGAGUUGGCCGCCGAUCAAACCGUUCCUUAGGAGCGCCCUGGCCGCGUCGGCCAGCAGGCGCCGGCGGCAGCAGACACUGUUCGUGAAGGUGUACAUGGAGGGCCUUCCGAUCGGCAGGAAGCUAGAUUUGCUUUUGCUGGAUGGCUACGACAGCCUUCUCGUCAAACUCUGCAACAUGUUUAAGACCCCCAUCACCUAUGCUGACGUGUACCAACAACAAGUGCCUGGCGUGAAGGCUGCUCAUUUUCUCACCUAUGAAGACCAAGAUGGAGACUGGAUGAUGGUUGGGGACGUACCAUGGAAUCUCUUCCUGACCAGUGUAAAGAAAAUAAGGAUCACAAGGACCGAUAAAUGCUAAGUAGCAAGCUUAGUUCAUGCAGUUCACUAAAUUUUGUUUCGUUAUUUUUCUUUAGGUUAGUUGAUUAAGAUUUUGCUGGAAUCAUAUAUAGUGGGCAUGUUAAUCUGAGGUUAUCUAACUGUGUACAGUAUAUAAAAAGAAAUGUAAUCCUUCCACACUUCCACCUCCCAGGCAUAUAAUCCCCAAAUCCUGUCAUUUUUUUAUGUUUCAUUGCCUGGCUUGUAAAUACCAUGGUUAAAGAGAUAUUUUCCAUAAACUCAUAAAUCCAUUCCACCUUGGUGGAAUCAAAUAUAUGUCCUGUCUUGCUGGUAAA